AGAAGCCCGGCUGCUCCCAGUCUGGGCAAAGCUUCCCGCCUCCUCCGGCCAGAGCCGGGGCGAGAUCACCAGGGGGCGGAGUCACAAGCUGCCUUUUCUCCCAUUGGUGGGAAAGAAGGCGGAGCCAACAGCUUCCGUUUCGAUCAUUGGUGGAAGGAAAGGGAGGCGGGGCCUAGGUCUUAGUAGCCGCCCGCUUACGGGUCGGGCUAGACUGGAGUUUCCCGGGAGAGCGCAGAGCUGGGAUCCGGGAGCCGCGCAGUCCUGCUCGCACCGACCAGCUCAAGCUCCAGCGUCCCGGAGCCCCGCCGGGCGUCGCAGGUUUGUGGGAGGUUUGAAACUGUUCCAGCAUGGCUCUUCUUGGAAUAUUCUCUUUGCUUAUUCUGCAAAGUAUGACAUUAGGGGCUACUUUUCCUGAUGAAGCUGUUGUUGAUUUGUCGGUGAAUAUGUACAACCAUCUCCGAACCAAUGGGGAAGACGAAAAUAUUCUUUUCUCUCCACUGAGUAUUUCCCUUGCAAUGGGGAUUAUGGAACUUGGGGCCCAAGGAUCCACUCUGAAAGAAAUACGUCAUUCAAUGGGAUACGAUAGCCUGAAAAGUGGUGAAGAAUUUUCUUUCUUGAAGAAUUUUUCUAACGUGGUAACUGCUGAAGAAAGUCACUAUGUGAUGAGAAUUGCUAAUUCCCUCUUUGUGCAAAAUGGUUUUCAUGUAAACGAAGAGUUUUUGCAAAUGGUGAAGAAAUAUUUUAAUGCAGAAGUAAAUCAUGUGGACUUUAGUCAAAAUAUAGAUGUGGCCAAUUAUAUCAAUAAAUGGGUGGAGAAUAACACACAUAAUAUAUUGAAAGAUUUGGUAUCCCCAAGGGAUUUUGACCCUGUCACUCACCUGGCCCUCAUCAAUGCUGUUUAUUUCAAGGGGAACUGGAAGUCACAAUUUAGACCUGAAAAUACCAGAACUUUUUCGUUUACUAAAGAUGAUGAGAGUGAAGUCCAAAUUCCAAUGAUGUAUCAACAAGGAGAGUUUUAUUAUGGGGAGUUUAGUGAUGGCUCCAAUGAAGCUGGUGGUAUCUAUCAAGUCCUUGAAAUACCAUAUGAGGGAGAGGAGAUAAGUAUGAUGCUGGUUUUGUCUAGACAGGAAGUUCCACUGGCCACUCUGGAACCACUUCUUAAAACACAACUGAUUGAAGAAUGGGCAAAUUCUGUAAAGAAACAAAAAGUGGAAGUGUACCUGCCCAGGUUCACUGUGGAACAAGAAAUUGAUUUAAAAGAUGUUUUGAAGACUCUUGGAAUAACUGAAGUUUUUAUAAAAAAUGCAAAUUUAACAGCCCUGUCUGAUAGCAAAGAUAUUUUCCUUUCCAAAGCAAUUCACAAGUCUUUCCUAGAAGUUAAUGAAGAAGGUUCAGAAGCUGCUGCCACCUCAGGAAUGAUUGCAAUCAGUCGGAUGGCUGUGCUUUAUCCUCAAGUUAUUGUUGACCACCCAUUUUUGUUUCUUAUCAGGAUAAGGAAAACAGGUACAAUCUUAUUCAUGGGACGAGUAAUGCAUCCUGAAACAAUGAACACAAGUGGACAUGAUUUUGAGGAGCUUUAAUUUCAAUUUAUCUGACUAACAAGGAAAACAGUAACUAAGCACAUUAUGUUUGCAACUGGUAUUUAUUUAAGAGUUGUGUUUUGCAGUUACCUUUAGAUAGUAUUUAAAGUAGUUCUAGAUAAAAACAAUGUAUGUAAAUUAUUAGCUAACUUGUCAUGGAAUGUUAUUAGUAUUACUGAAAUGAAAAUGCUCUAUUAAAUCAUUGUGUUUAUUGUGCUGGUAUUUAAAAUAAAAGUACAUGUUGAAUACUUAAA